AUGUUGAUAUCAGAAGUGUGAUUUUAACACUACCAAUUGUCAACCAUUUAAAUUCCAGGUUAGAAAUGCAAAAUCCUUUUGAACAUUGUAUGCUCAUAUCAGACCUUGUAUAAAUAUUGUACGUCUCUGAGAACUGACAGGAUUACAGAAAUUCUGUACAAAAAGAAGUAGAUGCACAGUGGUUCUGUGAAAUCCUGACAGUGUGAAAGUUUUGCACAAGGGAAUACUGUGUGAAUGAAAUAAUGAGGCUGGCAAAAUAUGCAUUGCCUUUGUAGUGUGGGCUGCUUGUGAACUAGAGUAGCAGAUAUUGCAGCCUUAACAGCUGCAGCGUGAAAGGCUUUAAUGUACUUUGUCUUCAAAUUUCAAAUAUAUCAAUAUAAAAAUAUAGGCAGUUGGUGGAAGGCACUAAUAUUUCACUAAACUGCUCCAUACUUGGGAGGAGAGGUCAGCAUUUUGUGUAUUUAGUUUACCCUCACUGCAAUUGAUCCAGCAGUUGUGCCUGUUCAGGUGCUGGUCCAAGGAACCCGGAGCUUUGCUUCACAUCGUUAGUUUUAAAUGGUUGUUCUGUCUGCAUCAUGAAUAUUGUUUUUCAGUCAAUCAGCCCUUGAAGUGAUAAGCAGUCCAAUGUGUCAUGUUGCUUAGUAUUGAUUCAAAAUGUCUCCUUUUCUUAAUGAGGCAAAUUCAGACUGCAGUGGUUUUCUUUAUCCCUCACUACUGCAUCUCUGUCAUACAAGCAGUGCUUCUUGCUUGGACGUCCUGCCGGUAACAUGUUCCGUCUACAGCACUGCGGGGAUUGAGGCUGCGUGCUUGUUUUAUAUUCAGGCUCAGCUGUUUUGCUUUGUGCGGGUGUUACUGCUUGCGUGGAGCCCUGGUUCUAUCAUGAGGGAGAGACAGGACUUCUGUUUUGAGUAAAUAAACUGAGGCAGCGAAACUGUAUGCAAAUCUUCCAGCCCCAUUUCUUCAGCAGCCCCAGUCAAUUGCUCUCAAAUUGUUCCCUCAAGAACUUCUGGAACUUCUUGAACUUCUCGAGGCCACUGCCCAAACCACUGAGACACCCACCACAGUGCCAACCCCGGCAGACACCCCACCCCCCACUAUGUGUCCUCCCUUUUAUGGGAAAGAGGCUAUGCCAGAUUUCGAAGGGGAAGAAGGUAAGGUGUUCCAAAAGCCCAAGAAAUAUUGGAUCCGACGUAUCUUUUCUAUGAUUUUAUUUACGGUGCAAUAUUUAAAUCCUUUCCAACCUUAUGCUUUUUCAUGUAGUACAAGAAUCGAUGACUGCUAUAUGUCUAUUCAAAGAUACUUUGGGUUACAUGCAGCAAUGACACACAGCAGACCUGAAAAAAUGUCACCUUUAGUGAAUGUAUCUCUUGAGGAACAAGACCAGAAAUGGCAUCAGAGGUCAUUACAUGGCAAUGUCAUCAUGAUGCCAAAGUGUUGCAACUGGGAACAGACAUAUAUUGCCAAGUAAAAAAAGAUAUUAGAAUCAAGUGAAAAUGCAAUGGAAUGGAAUACCAUAGAUACCAUGAACUCUACAUAGCUCAUCUCUUCUGUACCAUUCGCAAAUAAUACAAAUAGUAAGAUUACACUAUCCUUCAUAGCAGUGCAACUAACAGAGAUAAAAUGCAUUUGUGUUUACCGUUGUGCUAAAUCAUUCAUCAAGGUGUACGUACCAUCAUGCGAAGUAAGCAGUGCCAUGUGGAAAGCGCUUUGAACAUUACGCUUACCACCAUGGUGUCUGCUUAAGUUUUCAGUGCUACAGCCAUAAGUUAAGGUGCACUGGGAAAGUUUAAAGCAGAAGUUAUGGGGGAUGAAGAUGUCAUAUCAUUCAGAUAUGAAACAGAUAAAUGUUGCAAGAUUUCAGCAAGCAAGAUCAUUGUCUGUGGGAUAUACGGAAUGUCAAAAUAGUCAGUCUCACAAGAAUAAGAUCACUGGGUAGGAUCUCUAAUCAGUGCAAUUGAGGGUUUUCUUUUUUUAAAAAAAACAUGAUGUUAUUUCUUGCAAAGUUACAAUCUCCCCUGAUGCACACAGUUACCCUAACACCUGAAGAUGAGGAAUUAGAGGACAAGGAAAGUAAAGGAUUGGAGGUUGAUGAAAGUGAGUGGUAUGAAGACAGAGAAACUGAGGAAUCAGAAAAUAGACAUACUGAAGUUUUAGAGAUGAGGAAAGUAAACAGUGAAGAUGAGGAAGCACUUGGCCAAAAUUCUGAGAAUGACAGAGAAAGUGAAGAAUCGGAGAUCACAGAAGCUGAGAAUGACAGAGAGUCUGAGGAGUUGGAGGUGACUGAAGCUGAGGAAUUAGAAGAAGGAGAAGCUGUGGAAUCAGAAGACGGAGACACCAAAGAAUUGGAGGUCAGAGAACUUAAAGAAUCAAAAGACAGCGAUCCGGAGAAGAACAGAGAAGUUAAGGAAUCGGACACCAUAGAUGUCAAAGAGUCAGAAGACAGAGAAGAUGAGGAAUCAGAGGUCAGAAAGGAAAAAGGAUCAAAACUUGAGGAAUCCGAUGAAUUGAAAGUCAGAAAGGCAGAAGAAUCAGAAGAAAACAAAGCCAAGGGAUCCAUACCUAUAAAACCAGAGGAACUUGAGUUCAGAGAAACUAAAGAAGCUAAAGAAAAAGAAAAUAGAAAAGCAGAGACAUUAAAGGUCAAAGAAACUGAGGAAUUGGAAGCUACAAAAUCCAAGGAACCGAAGGAUAGAAAAGCUGGUGAAACUGAGGUCAGAGAAGCUAAGGAAUUGGUAAAAGGAGAAGCUGAGGAAUCAGAGGUCAGAAAAGCAGAACAGGGGGCAAAAAAAAUGGAAGAAUCAGCGGUUAGAGGAUCUGAGGCGUCAGAUGUUAAAACAUCCGAGGAACUGAAGGUUAAAAAGUCUGAUGAAACACAGGACAGAGAAUCUGAGGACAAAAAGACCUCGUGGAAAAGGGAGAAAGAAGAAAAGAAGGGUGGAGGAAAAAAGGAGGAAACCAAAGAAACAGUGCACACAGUCAACACAAAGCCUGAACCUGAGGACACAGAGAAAUCCGAGGAUGCAGAGAAGCACAGCAUUUCUUCUUCGAUAGAAGAGACGAAGAGCAAGAAGAAGAAAAAACGGAGAAAGAAUGAGAACACAGGGGUCCCAAAGCUCUUGAUCACAGGCGAAUCCAAAAUCAACCAGCGGUUAGGGAUGAUAUUUGGCCAAUUUGAAGACUGCGAAUGCUAUGGCCAUUCCAACCGCUGCAGUUACAUCGAUUUCCUCAACAUUGUUACUUGCGUCAGCUGCAAGCACAACACCAGGGGGCAGAACUGCCAGCACUGCCGUCUGGGUUACUACCGUAAUGCCUCGGCCGAGCUGGACGAUGAGAGCGUUUGCAUAGAGUGCAACUGCAACCAGAUCGGCUCUAUACAUGACCGCUGCAAUGAGACAGGCUACUGUGAGUGCAAGGAAGGUUCAACUGGGCAGAGGUGCGAAGAUUGUCUCCCCGGGUAUUACUGGAAGCAAGGGUGUUUCCCAAAUGUGUGUGAUGAGGAGCUGCUGCUCUGCCAGAAUGGCGGCACCUGCUACGAGAACCAAAAGUGCUUGUGCCCGCCGGACUUCAAGGGCGUCCUAUGCCAGCAGCCGCGUUGCGAGGGAGAGGACUGCGACGACGCCUGCACCUCCCGCCUAGCCGCCACAACCCUGCUGCUCUGCCUCUUGGCCCAUCAGCUGGCGACAUUGACUGCUUACUGAGCAGACACCAGGGUGGGGCAGGCUUGGGCCACUCCCAGGGGAACAGAGCUGCUACGUACAAGACUCUGCCCACCCCGGCUUCACAGUUUUAUUUGGGGACAGGCAGGAGGGUGUAGCUAUGGUGUGUGACAGACAGGAAGGGAUGUCGGAGGAGAAGGCCAGAGGAAUUUCACUGACCUGCAUCGCGUCUCCCAAAACACCACUACUGGGGGAAUUUCGUACCAAAAACACUAUAUAAGAAGAGCCUAUAAAGAGAGGUACACAUUGAAUUAUUUAAAGACUUUUUCCUUGAUGUAGUUCCAAGUUUAUCCCCACCUUAAUACUGCACUCAUGUUUUCUGAACCAAGAUGGGUUGCAAUUGCUGCUGAAGCCUGGUUAUAACUUAAGUCAGGUGUAAUCUUUCAUCUGAGGCCAGACUUUCAUUUUCUUUUCUUUGCUGCAGAUUCGUCUCCUGCCAUUCAUUGUCUGAGCGCUGACUGAAGCGAAAGGAGAAAUAAAAAAUAAAAUUAAAUUUUAGCCACUGUUCUCUCUAGGAAUAGGAAUGUUUUUUUUUCCCCCUCCACAGUUUAAGUGGUUGAACUAUCACAUGGUAUUCAGGAAGUAAAACACAGUAUGACUUAUCCAAAUGAAAACCUAUAAGCAAAAUCUAAUGUUUUGUUUAUUAUAUACUUACAUUGUUUGAAUAUUUUUUGUAGAAAUUAUUUUUCUUCCAGGUUAACAUAAUGAAAAAUAAAGUUUAAGAAAUACUGAAACAGUCUUAUUACUGUGCAAAAGUACAAAUAUGAUAUUCUUUCCUGAGUCACAGCCAAUGAAGGACAUUACUGAAAAUUUUCUUCAUUAUCAAAAGUAAACAGUGUACAGUAUCUCAUAAGGUGUCAUACUGUACACUAUUUAAAUUCCAAACAACAAUGAAAACCAGACUUCUUGGUUUAAAAUUAAAUUUGUAUUGUACUGGCAGACAGUACAGCUAUAAUUGACUAACUGGAAACAGAACCAAUACCUCUGCGCUCGAGGAGAGAAAUCAUCAUCAUCAUGUUAUCUGCAUGAUUUUAUGACUUGUUUCUCAAAACAGUGGGGAAGUCAACCACCUUCAGCUGAACAAAUUUAAAUUGGUUAUUAAAACACCAAGCCUUUGAGAAUGAUCUGUCAGUCAUUUACACAAGAUGUUUGCAACAACUUCAUAUUUACAUGAAAUACAGUAUAUACAAGAUCUCCACACAUGAAAAAAGUAAGAAAAAUUAGUAAUCCACUAUUACACAGGUACUUCAUGCUUAUGAAGCAGUAAAUUUUGCCUAUUAGCCCUUUUGACACCAAGCAGUCUCUCAAUUCCAGAUCCAGUCAAGAAGGGAAUGUUCCUUCCUGAAGUUGCAUGAGAGACACAGGUUUCAGCGGCGAUGGGAUAAGAUGACAAAAUGUACAAAUCAAAAGUCAAAGUCUCGGCAGCCUAGAGUGAAUACACACCUAGACAGGAUCCCUGCACUACUAUGCAAUCAAAUAAGGGCAGUAAUAGCAGACUGAUCACUCAGGCACAGUGUCCCUGGCAAGAUCCUUUCACAUAACAUUUGACUGUUGACCUCUUGCUUUGGUCUAUACACUACCAAAAUUUUAGAUCAAAGUACUGAUGUACAAAAAGGAAAAAUCUAGUUGCCAUUUUUAGUUUUAACCAGCUGCUAAAAAAAACAGCAAACUUUUGUAAAUGUGGUAAAAAUGAACACCAUAAACCCAUAAGCCAGCCCUUAUGUGGUUACAUGGAGGACUUGAUUUUAUACCACAAUGGCAAAUGCAUCAGUGCUUGCAUUUCUUCUAAAAUUAUAACUGCAUCUAAAUAGAAUUUAGAGACAUUAGCUUAAACAUCAACAGACUUUAAUAGUUUAAAUGAGGGGUGGUGAACUCUAAAUUUGUAAGCACAUAGUUGUGGCCUGAAGUUGAAAUAAAAGUCAUGUUUACAUUUUAAACCACAAGAACAGGUACGCUUCUCCAAUAGGGCCAGCAGACCAUGUGGAUUCUUCCAUUCUGUUAAUGUUACGCAGAUACCCGACUGAGGGGAAAAAAAGAAGCACAGCACAGCAGUCCAACCAACUCUCCACCCUGUGUACGUUCCAUUUGUGUCACAUGACAGAGGUCAAUAGUAGUGUUGGCUAGUUUUUGUGAUUCUUUGCUGUGCUGCUUUGGAUUGUUGGCCCAUGUGCUUGUAAUCGCACAUCUUAAGUGGGGAUGGUGGGGCUGAAUGCAUGAUUGUACGGAACUGCCUGCUGCAAUACACGGAAACCACAGCUUUUGACAGAUUAAACAAAACAAACCUAGUCUUGCCUUCCCUUCCUAACCCACAUGCACCCUCCCUAAGAGAACAGUAAAUAGUCUCACAUGGGCAAGCAGAAAGGUAGAGGGCUGUACCCCAUUUGAAAGGGCUCCUCAAACAUUUAUUGGAUACCCCCUACCCUUUUUCAGAAAUGGGAACAGCACAUGCAACAGAACUAAAAAUCUUCAUUUAAAAUUCUUGGGAGGACCUCUUGUUUAGGCUAGCUUUUUUGAGACUGAGAAGGCUAGCUUUACACUGAAAUGGUUGCCAACCAGGAAGUGCGAAAAAACUGCACCACACAAAACAGGAUCA